UUUUUUCAGUAGCGCCACUUAAAAUCUGUCAAAAUUGUUGUUAGUUGUCAAAAAACUAACCCUACUUUCUGUGUCGGAUGCACGUGUUGGUUAUUUUCUAAGCGAUGUCUGAGUUUGAGGCGGAUACGCCCGUUAGGGAGAAGAAAAAGAAGAAAAGCAAGGGCGACAAAGACUUGGGGAACCUUCAAAAAGGCUCCGAAUUUGCAGUGGAGCCCUCCUCAGUGAUUGCAAAGUUGGACAGUUCCAAGUGGCCCUUGUUGUUAAAGUAUUUUGACCGUUUGAAUGUGAGAACGAACCAUUACGUACCUUUGCCGUUUGGUUCUUCCCCUUUACGAAGGGAAAUUUCCGAUUAUGUUAAGUCAGGUUACAUUAACCUGGACAAGCCCAGUAAUCCAAGCAGUCACGAAGUUGUAGCUUGGAUUAAAAGGAUUUUGAAAGUGGAAAAAACAGGUCAUUCGGGUACUUUAGAUCCGAAAGUUACAGGUUGUUUAAUUGUGUGCAUUGAACGCGCUACCAGACUGGUUAAAUCCCAGCAAGCUGCAGGGAAAGAGUACGUGGCUGUGUUUAAAUUGCAUUCAACUGUACAGGGAGGGACCCCAAAAGUGCUCCAAGGGUUGGAGAAGCUCCGAGGGGCCUUGUUUCAAAGACCCCCAUUAAUUUCGGCCGUUAAGAGACAGUUGAGGGUUCGCACGGUCUAUGAUAGCAAAUUAUUCCAAUAUGAUGAAAGCCGAAAUAUGGGCGUGUUUUGGGUUAGUUGCGAGGCUGGUUCCUACAUUCGUACAAUGUGUGUUCAUUUGGGUUUGGUUUUGGGCGUUGGAGGCCAAAUGUUGGAACUUCGAAGAGUUCGUUCGGGAAUUCAGAGCGAACAAGAUCAAAUGGCCACAAUGCAUGAUGUUUUAGACGCUCAAUGGCUUUACGAGAAUCACAAAGAUGAGAAUUACCUGCGACGAGUGAUUCGGCCUUUGGAAGGCCUUUUGGUCAAACACAAAAGGAUAAUUAUGAAAGACAGCUCGGUAAACGCGGUUUGCUAUGGAGCUAAAAUUUUGCUACCGGGUAUUUUACGCUAUGAAGACAAUAUUGAACUUAACGAAGAAAUUGUUAUUGUGACCACUAAAGGGGAAGCCAUAGCACUAGGGAUUGCACUGAUGACCACUGCAACAAUAGCCAGUUGUGACCACGGAGUUGUCGCGAAAAUCAAACGUGUGAUAAUGGAACGAGACACUUAUCCAAGAAAAUGGGGCUUGGGACCACGAACAAGCCAGAAAAAAAUUCUUAUUGCAAAAGGACAGCUCGACAAAUACGGAAAACCGAACGAAAAUACGCCCAAAGAAUGGCUAAAUAGUUACGUUGAUUAUUCUGUUAAGAAAGAGGACACCAAGGACGAUGAAGAUGAUAAAAAACGUAAAUUAGCGGACACGUCAAUGCAGUCCGAUACAGCGAGUCCGAAAGAGAAGAAGAAGAAACGGAAGAAGGUCGAAGGUGAGGAAAGCACUGUUGAAGAAGCGACAGCAGUGUCAGAGGAAACUGCUGAAGAUAAUGGGGAGGAAAAAAAGAAAAAGAAGAAAAAGAAAAAGGAUAAGAGUAAAGAUAGGGAGGAAGAGGAAGCGGAAUGAACUAUUUUGUUUUGCAUUUUUAUAUUGUAGCUCUACAAUACUACAUUAAUAGAAUUAAGUUUAAAUUCUUUCUAAGAUAAACACAGUCGUGUUAAGCGAAAAUAAAUGCAAUUUUAUCGUA